AUGCAGCCUCACCUGGCACUGAUUGCUUUGUUGUAUUCGGGGGGGGCUCUGCCGGCGUCGGCUCGCCCGGAGCCCAGAAGGCGGCAGCAGACGGACCCCGGGUGGUGUGAGCUGCCCCGAUCGCAAAGAGACCUGAACUCUUUCCUCUGGGCAAUUCGGAGGGACCCUCCCGCUUACCUGUUUGGCACUAUCCACGUUCCUUACACACGUGUGUGGGACUUUAUCCCUGAAAACUCCAAGGCUGCUUUUCAAGCCAGCUCCAGUGUGUACUUUGAGCUGGACCUCACGGACCCAUACACCAUCUCAGGCCUGGCCAGCUGUCAGCUGCUACCCCAUGGGGAGAAUUUGCAAGAUGUGCUUCCCCAGGAUCUUUACCACCGCCUCAAGCGCCAUCUUGAGUAUGUGAAGCUGAUGCUGCCUCACUGGAUGACCCCAGAUCAACGGGGCAAAGGUCUCUAUGCUGAUUAUCUCUUCAAUGCUAUUGCUGGAAACUGGGAACGCAAACGGCCUGUCUGGGUGAUGCUGAUGGUCAACUCACUAACUGAGACGGACAUCCGUUCUCGUGGAGUGCCAGUGUUGGACCUCUACCUGGCUCAGGAGGCGGAGAAGAUGAGGAAGAGGACUGGGGCUGUGGAACGGGUGGAAGAGCAAUGCCAUCCCCUGAAUGGACUAAACUUCUCCCAGGUGCUGUUUGCGCUGAACCAAACUCUGCUACAACAUGAAAGUCUUCGAGCUGGCAGUUUACAGGCUCCUUAUACCACCGAAGACCUGAUCAAGCACUACAACUGUGGAGAUCUCAACGCUGUCAUCUUCAAUCAUGACACUUCACAGCUCCCUAAUUUCAUCAACACAACCCUUCCUCCACACGAGCAGGUUACAGCGCAAGAGAUCGACAGCUAUUUCCGACAGGAACUCAUCUACAAGAGGAAUGAGAGGAUGGGGAAAAGAGUGAUGACUCUGUUAAGAGAGAACACUGACAAGAGUUUCUUCUUUGCCUUUGGAGCAGGUCACUUCCUGGGCAACAACACUGUUAUUGAUGUGCUGAGACAAGCUGGGUUUGAAGUGGACCAUAUUCCAGCAGGACAGCCAAUAGAAAAGGCAAACAUCAAUCCACCUUCAAAGGGCUCUCCUGCCACAGCUGCACCUACCAUCAAUUUUUUUGAGCAUGUACAACCAUCUUCAUCUUCAAUGCCUCCCCAUUACAGUGAAGAAGACAGCCUUCCUCCACACCUCCUCCUGCCAGAUAGCAUCAGUCAGCUGGAAGAGUUUGGGCGGCAGAAGAAGUGGCACAAGAAGCAAUAUAAAAACCAUCGCCAAAGACAAUUCAAUGACCUCUGGGUCCGGAUAGAAGAUGGCACAACAACCAUGCCUUCCCACAUCAGGGUGACAAACGGAUACAUCUCAGUCAACCCAUCCAUUUGGUUUUCAGAACAGCUGGACCAGCAAUCACCACCAGACUUGGCGUUCCAGCAUCAUCUCCAAAGCUCAGCCAGAAACGGCACCACGACAUCGCCUUUAAUUGCUUUUGUCUCUGCGGCAAUGGCUCUUUUUCUGUUGGAUCUACUGAAUCCUUCCUGA